AUGACCGAUGAUGAACAAGCAAAAAAUGAUAUGCUUUAUCAAUGUAGAAAUUAUUAUCGACAUAAUAAAGAUGAACUUGAGAAUAUUGAAAAGUUUUGUUCAAUGUAUUCUCCUGAAAAAGCAAUUUAUUGGUAUACAACAGAAACAUUUCUCUACAAACUAUUGAAUCGAGCUUUUCGAACUGAAAAUAUCGAAUUAAUCUAUGCAUUUCGGUAUUUUAUCAUCGAUUUAUGUGCUCAAAUCGAGCAGAGAAGUCACAAUCGGAAAACUAGUGACAUUUUAAAUCUUUAUCGUGGUCAACAAAUACCGAAUGAAGAAUUUGAUAAAUUUAAAAAAAAUAUCGGCACACUCAUUUCACCCAAUGGAUUUUUUUCUACAUCACGUAAUGAAAAAGUUGCAUUAAUGUAUGCUGGUAGAAGCUUGAAUCAAAUGACAGCUGUUCUGUUUAAAAUAAAAGUCGAUCCGAAAUUGAAAUCAAUUAUUUGUGGAGAUAUUGAAGAUAUUACAGCAUUUAAAGGUGAAGAUGAAGUAUUAUUUUCAAUUGGUACAACAUUUUACAUUGAUUCGAUCGAAUUCAAUUCGAAUUUAAAUAUUUGGAUAAUACAAUUAACAAGUACAAAUGAUGGAUUUGAACGUGUUCAAGAAUAUUUAAAAGUGGCUGAAAAUGAAAUGAAAGACAUGAGUCCGAUGAUUUAUUUCGGUAGUCUUCUUCUAUUUGAAUUAGGACAAAUUGAUCAUGCCGAAAAAUAUUUCAAUGUUCUUUUAAAAACACUUCCAUCUGAUCAUCCUGGUAUUGCUAGUUUAAAUACUGGAUUAGGACAUGUUUAUAUAAAGAGAGGAGAUUAUGAUCGAGCAUUAGAGUAUUAUCAAAUCGCUUAUAAUAUUCGUCAAGAAACACUUUCAAUUUUAAAUCCUCACAUCGGUGCUUCAUUAAGAAAUAUCGGUAAUCUAUACCGAUUAAUGGGCGAUUUCGAUCAAGCACUCAUCUAUUUUCGUCAAGCAAUGCAUAUUAAUGAAAGAAAUUAUUCGCAUGAGCACGUUGUCACAGCAAUGACAAUGGAAGAAAUCGGUUUGAUUUAUCAAAAUAAAAAUGAUUUCGAAAAAGCUCUACAUUGGCUUGAAGAUGCUUUAGAAAUUUUUAAACGUGUAUUUCCUUCACAACAUCCACAAAUAGCUGAAUGUCUCGGUCGUAUUGGUCAUUUAUAUCAAUCUGUGAAACAAUAUGAUCGUGCAUUAAAAUAUCUUCAUGAAGAACUUGAAAUGGACGAAUUAUGCUUGCCAUCGGAUCAUAGUGAUGUUAUUAAUGAUUUUACACGUAUUAUUGAACUUUAUAAAACAAUGAAUGAAUAUGAUCAAGGUUUAAAAUUUUGUCGAGAAAAAUUAGCCAAUUAUCAAAUUCUACUGGGCGAAAAUCAUCCUCGUUUUGUUAACACAGCUUUACGUAUGAUUAGUUUACUACUUAAAAAACAUGAAUUCGAUAAAGCGUUAGAUUUAUGUAAACGUGUACUAGUAAUUGUCUUAAAUAUUUUACCAUUUGAUAUUCAUAUUACAAUUGAAUGUCUUCAAUAUAUUAGCUAUAUUUAUCAGAUGAAAGAAGAUUUCGAUGAUAGUCUAGAAUAUCGAGUACGGCAACUGGAAAUGGAGAAAACAAUUUAUCCAUUGAAUCAUCCAAAUAUAGGUUGGUCACUUGUAUGUAUUGGAAUGAUUCAUUACGAAAUGGGACAAUAUGCAGUAUCACUUGAAAGAUUACAUGAAGCUCUGGCAAUUUAUGAAGGAAUGGCGUCAAAGAAAAAGGAUACUAUCAAGACAAUACAAGAACAUAUUGAUCGAGUCGAAAAAAGACAGAUUAUGAUUAGAAAAGCACGAGCUUGGUCACCAGUUCAAUUCAAAUCGAGAAAAUCUAAGUUGAGACGAUCAAGAUACGACAGAUUCACAUAUAGAGAAUCUACGCCUGUCCGAUCAAGAUCCCAAGAAUCUACACCUGCACACUCAAGAUCCCGAGAAUCUACACCUGCAGGAUCAAGGUCUUCUUCGAGGUCUCAUCUUGCAUCAAGUUCUGAUCUCGACCUCGAAAUAUUAAAAUUGAAGCUUUCAUUGACAAAUAUUUCAGCACCAGACAUGCAAUCAUAA